CAGGUGGCAAUGACACCUAGGAUACGACAGGCUUCAAGCAUAAACCCUGGGGAUAAUGGACAGGAAUAUUUUACUGAUGGUCCAGUUCAUAGAUCAAGAGAUACUACAGAUGUGUCCAUGACACAUAGAAAUAGAAUUAAUGAUUAUAAUUUUAACAACCCUAGGUUUUAUUUAGACAACAGACAAGCAUAUCCUGAGACAGAUAACAGAUAUAAUUCUCAAGUUUCUAUGGCGCCUAGAAAUUUGAAUGUAGGACAUUAUAGUAAUGCCCAACCUUUGAUACGUCCAAUGGUACCAGCUACAUAUGAUGGUACCACUUCAUUUGAAAAUUAUUUGAGACAGUUUGAACUAGUGGCCAGAAUGAAUAGAUGGUCCAACAUUGACAAAGCCAUGAAUUUAUUAAUUAAUUUAAGAGGAAAGGCUCUAGGUUCUUUAAGUGAUAUUUCGUUAGAUGAACAAAAUGACUAUGAUCGUGUAAAAGAAAUCUUACGAGAAAAAUUUGAACCCAACAACCAAAGUAGUCUCUACAAAGCACAGUUGCGAAGCAGAAGACAGAAGAAGAAUGAGACAAUCCAAGAUCUUGCAUCUAGCAUUAAAGAAUUAACCAGAAAAUCAUUCCCAGGAGCUACACAAUUAACUGUAGAACAAGAAGCUAUCACAUACUUCUUGCAAGCUUUAGAAGAUAGUGAAUUGAGAUUUUAUGUACAACAAUCUAGACCAGACACUCUACAGAAAGCUGUAUUGAUGACAUUAGAAAGUCAGUUAUUUCUACAAGAAAGAAGAAAAAGUAUGAGUUUCAGUCGUAGUAU